AUGGCCGAGUUUGUUUCCUUGGCCGAGGCUUUCAUUAUUGAAUUCUUAGAAAACCUAGAAUGCGGGGAAGUUGAGCCAACACCAAACCCUAAUUUGGAAAGCUCCAGGGUCUAUCAGAAUGACCCUGGGUCAAACUUUUCAGUUACCCCGAGACUCCACCCCUCAUGCAGCCUAACUCUUUCAAGACUUUCCCAAGGCACAUUCUUUUCCGAAUCACAGUACCAUGACGUGUGGAACACAAGCUAG